AUGGCAGACGGUGGAGUCACUCCGGUUGGUCAGGAAGAAGCCAGGUUCCUGCAUAUCACACAAGACCUGUGGGACAGCAAGGCGUCCGGUGGGGAGAAGGGAAUGGUAUCCUGGUCAUUCACGAUCACUUUCCCUAACGAGGUCACACUGCCUGAGAGCCUGAAGGGGAAACAAGCAGCCCACAUGUAUCCGCUGCCACCCAGCUUCUCGGAACGUGCAAGUCCUAUCUACAUAGAUUACAAACUGGUCGUCACCGUGCGCCGUGGUCUGUUCAAAGUGAAUCAUACCCUCGCGGUCCCGAUAGUGUAUGUCCAACUGUCGCGUGCCGAUCCCCCUUCGCCUUUACGCCAAGUUGCGUACACCGAGGGAACCGCAAUCAUUGGGCCAGAUGGCGAUCCUGAGGGGUGGAAGACGCUUUCUCCGGUGAAAAUCAUUGGCACUCUCUUCAAGACCCGCCAAAUCGAGCUGCAAUGCACUUUAAGCAUAGCUAUGCCAGUCACCUAUGCGAAGGGUUCCCCGAUCCCGCUGUUCUUGACGCUUGCGAGCGAAGACGAGCACGCGUUAGACAUACUCUCCGCUCCCACUGCAGCCCGAUUGUACCUCAUCCGCGUCCGCACGCUUGGAAGCCAUGCUACAGACGAAGCAGCGCUUGAGCGCAGCGACAGCGUGUUCCGCGAGAGCGUUGGCCAGGCGUACUUUUGGGUCACUGCUGAGACCGCGCCUGAGCCGGGGAAGCGCACCUUGCAGGGCGAAGUACGGGUCAAACCCAGCGUGAAACCCAGCUUCACAUUCCCCCAGUUUACACUGCGCUAUCAGCUUGCUCUCUUCCCGUUCCAGGCGCCAGGUUUUGUCUCUUCGGGCGCGGCUAACGAGCAUCUGCUGACGGAGAAGGUCAUCAUCACCACCGUGAACACGCCGGGCAUCAUCCCGCGCUCGUAUGCGCCGCCUGGGUAUGUUGCGCCGGAGGAGACAGACUACAACGCCACCGUCGGUUUCCUGGAGAACGGGAAUCAGAGGUUCCUCCACCAUGCAGGGGAGGGGGUGUCGUGA